CCGGCGGCGCCCGGGAGAUGCAGGGCGCCCCGUCCCGGCGGCCGGCUCGGCGGGGGCUGCCCCCGCAGCCCACCAUGACCGGGCCGAGGCUGGCCCUCGCCGCCGCGCUCCUCUGCAGCUGCACCUCGCCGGUGGCCGACGCCAACUCCUGGUGGUCUUUGGCCAUGAACCCCAUCCAGAGGCCUGAGAUGUAUAUCAUCGGCGCCCAGCCGGUGUGCAGCCAGCUGCCGGGGCUGUCCCCCGGGCAGCGCAAGCUCUGCCAGCUCUACCAGGAGCACAUGGUGUUCAUCGGGGAAGGGGCCCGCAGCGCCAUCAAGGAGUGCCAGUACCAGUUUCGGCAGCGGCGGUGGAACUGCAGCACGGUGGAUAACACUUCCGUCUUUGGGAGAGUCAUGAAAAUAGGCAGCCGAGAGACCGCUUUCACGUACGCGGUGAGCGCGGCCGGCGUGGUGAACGCCAUCAGCCGCGCGUGCCGCGAGGGAGAGCUGUCCAGCUGCGGCUGCAGCCGCACCGCCCGGCCCAAGGACCUGCCCCGGGACUGGCUCUGGGGCGGCUGCGGGGACAACGUGGAGUACGGCUACCGUUUCGCCAAGGAGUUCGUGGAUGCCAAGGAGAGGGAGAAGAACUACGUGCGAGGCUCCGAGGAGCAGGCGCGCAUGCUGAUGAACCUGCAGAACAACGAGGCUGGCCGCAGGGCCGUGUACAAGCUGGCAGACGUGGCCUGCAAGUGCCACGGCGUGUCGGGCUCGUGCAGCCUCAAGACCUGCUGGCUGCAGCUGGCCGACUUCCGCAAGGUGGGCGACCUGCUCAAGGAGAAGUACGACAGCGCCGCCGCCAUGCGCAUCAGCCGCAAGGGCAAGCUGGAGCUGGUCAACAACCGCUUCAACAUGCCCACCCAGGAGGACCUGGUCUACGUGGACCCCAGCCCGGACUAUUGCCUGCGUAACGAGACCACGGGCUCGCUGGGCACCCAGGGCAGGCUGUGCAACAAGACCUCGGAGGGCAUGGACGGCUGCGAGCUGAUGUGCUGCGGCCCGGGCUACGACCAGUUCAAGAGCGUGCAGGUGGAGCGCUGCCACUGCAAGUUCCACUGGUGCUGUUAUGUCAAGUGUAAAAAGUGCACAGAGAUCGUUGACCAGUACGUCUGUAAAUGAAAGGAGCUGCCAAAGCGACAAAUCUAUAUUAUAUAAAUCUAUAUAAAUAUAUUUUAUAUUUGUAUAAAUAAACAGAUUAUAAUAAUUAAAGAAGCUUAUUUAAGAGACAUUUUGGUUUUGAAAUUUCCCCCCCCCCAUCAGGCCAGCCUGCUGGGAAUCUGUCUUUGGGUGCAUCUCCCCUCGGAUGCUUCAGUCAGGCUGAAGAAGCUGAGGAGGUGCUGGCAAAGCACACCAGCAUGUGCUCUUUCAUUACAGAAAGAAAGACAGUGAGAAGAAGAGGAGUGGGUUCUUUCUUCUCUCUGAUCAGUAAAUCUCAGCAUUUUGGAACAGUUACUGCACACUGGAAAUUACAGCCAGUCAUGGGUGAGUCCUAGUUAUUCAGAUUUCAAAUCCUGCACUGGGAAAUUUGGAACUGAUUCCUGAUCCCUCUAAAGGGCUUUGUCACAUUUAGAGGGAAGGUUAGUUAAGGCUACGUGAGUAUGGCUUAAAAUCCAGAGUCUUGUAAACCAUUCCUGGAUGCUCCCCAGACCACAGUGGGGUAGAGGAAAGUUCACAGCCUGCUGUUGUGAAAAGGGAAGGUUCAACCUGUGGCUGACCAGUGCACAGCCUGGCAGUGCUCAUGAAGCCAGCACCUGGCUCUUCUGUACUACCUGGGCCAAGGGAAAUCUGCCCAGCUCAAACCACAUUGGCUGUGUGUGUGAGGGAUUUUUUUUUAAUUUUCCUUUAACUCCCAUGCUGAUACUUAAUUUUUCAAUAGAGAGGAAAAGCUGCCGGUGCCAGGGAUAUUUUCAAAGUAUGUUUUGU